UUAGCCUUUUCUUUUCCCGCUUUCCCUCCCUCCCCCAUGCACCUUGGAGAGAGUGCUCCCAUCCAGCAGCAUCGCUCAUUUCUGAGACAGACAAUGGAGUGGAGAAUUUAGGACAGUUGGCAGGGUUGGCAUGUUGGAAGGGAUGGGGACACGGGCUGUUAAGUAGCUCAUCUCAACACAUUCAUCCUUUGAAAUGAUAGCACUCCACAGAAAGGAAACCCAGGCGGUCCUGCUAAUGUUCCAUCAGCUGAGCUUCUAGCCAUCACCCCACCAGGAGGUUCUCACUGCAACACCAUGCUGCAUCUCACCCUGCUCCUCCAUCUCCUGGUCCUCUUACUCUCACCUGCAGAUGCAACCAUGAAUGGGGAGGUACCUGACUUCUGUGGAGGCGAUGCUACAGGUUACGGGCCAGUGUUUGAGGAGCAGCCGGUGGAUACCAUCUACCCUGAGGAGUCGCCCGAGGCCAAAAUCACCAUGAACUGCCGGGCCAGAGCCAAUCCACCUGCCACAUACAAGUGGAGGCUGGACAGUCGGGACAUUGACAUGGAUGCAGAUGACCACUACAGUUUUGUGGGGGGCAACUUGGUCAUCAGCAACCCUGUCAAGAACAAACAUGUGGGGAUGUACUCCUGUGUGGCCACCAAUGACUAUGGCGCGAUCAUCAGCCGAGAGGCCUCUGUCCAGUUUGGAUAUCUUGAUUUUUUCUCAUCAGAGGAGAGACAGUCAGUGCGUGUGAAAGAGGGACAAGGGGCAGUACUGCUCUGCGCUCCCCCGCCACACUACCCAGCCGAGCUGUCAUUUCGAUGGAUGCUGAACGAGUUCCCCAUCUUCAUCCAAUUGGACAAGAGGCGCUUCGUCUCCCAGACAACAGGCAACCUUUAUAUCUCCAAGGUGGACGCUUCGGACAGUGGCAACUACUCCUGCUUUGUUUCCAGCCCCUCCAUCUCCAAGAGCGUCUUCUCCAAGUUCAUCCCCCUCGUGCCUCUGGCUGAACGUCCCAUCAAGAAAUACCCUGCUGACCUCAAAGUCACGUUCCCAGACACCACUGCCCUGGUGGGGCAGAAUAUCACACUAGAGUGCUUCGCUUUGGGGAAUCCCAUCCCUGUGAUCCGCUGGAGGAAGCUUGACGGGCAGCUGCCAUCCACUCAUGAGCUGGGCAUGUCGGGGGCUCAUCUGCACCUCAAUAAUGUACAGUUUGAAGAUGCGGGUACCUAUCAGUGUGAGGCUAUGAACUCCAAAGGAAAGGACUACCACUCUGCACGAGUCUCCGUAGAAGCCUAUCCUGAGUGGGUGGACCAUAUCAACAGCACAGAGAAAGCUAUCGAUAGUGACUACACCAUGUCCUGCGUGGCCAGUGGCAAACCCAAACCAUACGUUCGCUGGCUGAAAAACGGCACCGUGUAUGACAAGAAAGAGAUGAAGUUUACUGGCUUAACGUUUGAAGACUCAGGGAUGUACCAGUGCAUAGCAGAAAAUCACCAUGGAGUCAUCUAUGCCAAUGCAGAGCUGCGCGUGAUUGCUUGUGCUCCUACAUUUGAACACAACCCAGUGAAGAGGGUUUUGGGAGCUAAAAACAGCCGGGUAGUGAUCAAGUGUCAACCCAAAGCAGCCCCAAAGCCUAGCUUCUCCUGGAGCAAGGGCACAGAGCUGCUCUCCAACUCUACCAGGAUGUUCAUCUGGGAGGACGGGAGCCUGGAGAUCCUCAAUGUGACGCUGGCAGAUGAAGGGAGGUAUACUUGCUUUGCCAAGAACGACCGGGGCAAAGCCAACAGCACCGGGUCGCUCUCCAUCACAGAGGCCACAAAGAUCACCUUGGCCCCAUCCAAUGCUGACGUGACAGUGGGAGAGAGUGCCCGAAUGCAGUGUGCCGCAUCACAUGACUCCUCCCUGGACAUCACCUUUAUCUGGUCCCUGGACGGUCAUGUCAUUGACUUGCACAAGGACAGACAGCAUUACGAGCGAACCCCGAAUGGAAGCUCAAAUGGCGAGCUGCUGAUUAAGAACACCCAGCUGAAGCAUGCUGGACGCUACUCCUGCACCGCCCAAACCCCAUUGGACAACGUCACUGCCUCUGCCCAACUGGUCGUCAGGGGUCCCCCCGGCCCCCCAGGUGGGCUGCGAGUGACGGAUAUCACUGACAAGAGUGUAAGGUUGCAGUGGAGCUGUGGUGCAGACAACCACAGCCCCAUCUCCAAAUAUACCAUCCAGUACAGGGACUCCUUCUCCAAAGAUGUUUGGAAGGACGCCACCACAUCUCCUGAGGUCAUAGAAGGGAAUGUGGAGACAGCCACAGUGGUGGAUUUGUUCCCCUGGACCGAGUACGAGUUCAGAGUGAUUGCCACCAACACUCUGGGCACAGGGGACCCCAGCACCCCAUCAGCUGAAGUCCUCACCCUGGAAGCAGUUCCUGUGGUGGCGCCCUCGGACAUCAGCGGGGGUGGAGGGACAAGCAGGGAGCUGACCAUCACUUGGACGCCUGUACAGCCGCAAUACUACUCUGGGCCUAACUUUGGUUACAUUGUGGCCUUCAAACCCCAUGACGGCUCAGAGUGGUGGAGGGUGACGGUCGCUGACCCCGAGGCCAGGCGCUACGUCCACAAGAACGCCUCCAUUUCUCCCUCGACAGAGUUUGAAGUCAAGGUCAAGGCCUUCAACAGUAAAGGAGAGGGACCCUUCAGUCACACGGCGAUCAUUUACUCUGCACAAGAUGCUCCAUCUGAAGCCCCAACCCGUGUAGAGGGAAAAGCUCUCUCUGCCACUGAGGCCAUCGUGUGGUGGCUGCCAAUCUCCCACAGCCAUGUAGAUGGAUACCAGGUGAAAUACUGGAAGAAGCAGGAUGACAGCGAAGGUGGAGCCCACAGGGUGGCAGUGCCUGGUAAGGGGAACCACACCAGGCUGGAGGGCAUGAAGCCGGACUCCCACUACCUCAUCGAGAUCCGGGCCUACAACGCUGCUGGAUACGGGCCGCCCAGCCCUCACUUCCAGAUCUACACCAAGAAAGCCCCUCCCAGUCAACCCCCCAGAAUAAUAGGUAAAAAGUUAAAGGGCCACUUAGUAAAUAUUGCCUGGGAACAUGUUGAGCCCCUGUGGAACGAGUCAUCAAUAGAUGGUUACAAGGUUCUGCUCAGACAGCAGGGCCAUUCCACAGGCAUGCUUUAUACAACCAGUAGACGGACCAUAGACCUUCCUGUGCCCAGAGAGGGGGAUUUUGUGGUCGAGGUCCGGGCGACCAGCGAAGGAGGGGAUGGUGCUGUGGCACAAAUCCACAUCACAGGCGUCCCAGGUGGAGGCGUCCCAGCUGUCCAGUCUCUCAGUUUAACCUGCCUGCUCCUGUUGGCUCUCCUCUGCCUGGACCUCUGAAUGUAGCUCCAUCUUUGUCUUCACUUCCUGUGAAGGAGACUCUGUAAGGUCGAUGCCUAAAAGGACUUUGGCUUUUUCCAUAAUCUUUUGGUUCCACACUGCAACCAGAGCACCAUAUUCUAACUCUCCCCUCUGGAAUAUGUCUGUGGAAAAAGACACACAACAACAACAACGAAUUGGAAAUGGACAAAGACAUCCCUUAUUUAAUAUCAACAAAGCAUCUUCGGAGGAGCGUCAAAGGAGUUCUGUCAACUUUUUCAAUAUGCCUUAUAUAAACGAUUGCUCUUAUCUUUCACUAUAACUUGUUUAAAAUGGAUGAUGCGUGUGAGUGUGGACUACACACUUUGGCCAGGUUGGCUGGUCUCUUUACAUCAUGGAGCCAAACUUUCUUAUACAGAUGAACGUCUGUUGAGAAGUGUCGGUUUCAUUUGAUGUGUGACGUUUUGGAUAAUCUAUCCUACAUUGCAUUCCAUAGUAUAAGCUAAACAGGUAAAUACUUGUGAAGGAUAAGUGUACAAGUUUAUAAAACUGUCUUUAUGUGUUUCUUUUCUUUUCUCUUCUUGCAGUUCUGUGGCUUUCCCUCCUGUUUUCUUUUCAAAAUGAAGCACACCCUCUGUUACAGAGAUACAGUCAAAGCAAAUCUUAGCCUUUUGCAUUCUCAGUUUUAUUAGCAAACAUCAUAGGGCAAAGAGCAAUUUAUGUCAUGCUAAAAUAUAUGCAAUAAUUUAUAUGGUUUUGCUAUCUAAUAUACUAUGGAUGUCAUACGUUCUUUGGAAAAAAAAAAUGUUUGACAUGCAGUCAGUGUUUAUUUCCAAAUUAUAACAUGUACUCUAUUGACAGAAUACCACUUUCUAAGUGUGUGCAUGUAGACAUUGCUAUCUAGAAGAAUAAUUUCAAAAGGUUAAAAAAAUAAGUCACGUAAAUGUGAGUGAUUUUUGGCACAUGUAUCCGCAUUUGCAAAGUUGAAUGUAAAGCAAACCAUGGAAACAAGAAAUGAAACUCCACAGCAUACCAAACAUACAGUUUCAAAUGCAGAGCAAAACUACGGUAAAUAAACAAUGCAUGACAGUAAUUUUGUGUGCUUGCCACACCUGGCUGCUUUUAUACAACUGUGCAGUGAUCAUGGCUUCACUACAACAUUUUUUUCAAUGUUGUUGUAUGAAUCAUGCUCAUACUCCAAAAUAAGAUUGAAAAGCAACCCAUGUCAGUGUGCAUUUACCUAAAAAUACUUUUGUUUUGACUGUAUCAUUUGGACCUCAGCGGUACCAGCUGGUGCUUUUUAAAGAAUGUGGGCAUUUUUUUUUUUAAUGUAAACCUUUUCAUUUCAUCUCUCUUUCUUAUAUGGCUUUGUGUGAGUGUCACUAUUAACAUUACAGUGAACAGUAGCGACGCUCAUGCCGUUCAAUAAUUGUGCAAUGUCUGACGUAUCAAUAUUUUCUAAUAAGACAACUUGCCUAGCUCCAAUAACAGUAAUCUAGGGUUUAGUGUUUUUCAUAAUCUGGUACGAGUUCAAAAAGAAGCAAAGCCAUCCAUGUCAGCAGUCAGAGCCCAUCCAAAGCUCAUUAAUUUGUCUUUAUGUCUCUGUUUGUCUUUUUAUUAACAUGAGAGUUACAUGUCAUCAGAGCUACAUAAGCAACUGGUGUUGCCGAUAUAGCUCUGAUCUUGCUUAUAUAGCUAUAUUAUCAACUGGUGUUGUUUUGUUUGUGAUUAUUACUAUAUUUGUAUGUCAUGACCCACCACUGGUUGGACAGUUUAGAAGUUUAUUUCCCCCAAGUGGAGAAAAAAUGCUGUGUUUUGGAUUCCUCUGCAUAUGGAUUCAUAUUUUGUGUGACUGAUGCUAGCCAUGCUUCUACAUUGUGGCUAUAUCAACAUCCACCACAAAGUGCUUUUCCCAGUUUCCCCUCAUGCGACAAAUCAUUGAAAGAGUUGCCAAAUGCAUGAAUGCCUUGAACUUUGACAUUUUGGAUGAAGCAGUGGCUCUACAUUCUAACAUGCAUGACAUUGGAAACAAAAUGGUACUGUAACGCUCCAUACUUCGCAACGAAUCAACUCAUGCCAGUUUCUCAACCUCAUAGCUUCAUAUGAAAUACAUUCCAUUCCUGAGUGACAUCCCUUUAUGUCAGAGACAGAGACAGUGUAGAUAAGCCUAAUAUGUGCAUUAGCUGCUUCAUUAAGCCAGUCACUUAUUGUAUAUCAAGUCUGUGGAGGAGGAUUUUUUUAGAGACAAAUCCUUAAACUGACUAAAGGAAUCUCACUCAUUAAAAGUUGAGAAAUGGUCCUGCAGUCUCAUGCACAUGAUGGUCUGAGUUUGAUGACAUCACUGGUGGUGGUAUUUGGCUGUUUGCUUAAGUUCAGUGCUUCACCGGACAUGAGUGGGCACAUGUUGUGAGGGAUGAAACUGGACUCUCUCUCAUUGGCUGGACUUAAAAAGAAACAAUAAAAGUGUAGUUAACUAUUAAA